AUGGAUAAUCACGUCUCCGGGCAAAGCAACAAGCCCAUGAGCAAGCCUGCUCAUGCUCUGGACUGUGAUACUUUGGUCCGAGAGCUCGGGGCCGACGCCCAGACUGGCUUCUCUAAAUCACAGGCCAGUCAGAGGUUGAAUGAAUUUGGUCGCAACGAACUCGAGGAUGGGCCUGGUGUUCAACCUAUCAAGAUUCUUAUUCGCCAGGUCGCCAAUGCCAUGAUGUUGGUUCUCAUCAUGGCCAUGGUAGUCUCUUUCGCUAUCAAGUCAUGGAUCGAGGGUGGUGUGGUUGCUGCCGUUAUCGCAUUGAACAUUAUCGUGGGGUUUUUGCAGGAAUAUCAGGCUGAAAAGACUAUGGACUCUUUGCGCUCGCUUAGUUCACCCACCGCAAAUGUCGUCCGCGACGGAAGCACCAUCAACAUCCCUACAGCCGAACUCGUGGUGGGAGAUCUUGUCGAGCUUAAGGUUGGAGACACCGUUCCGGCCGAUCUCAGGAUCGUUGAAUCCAUCAAUCUUGAGACAGACGAGGCGCUCUUGACUGGUGAAUCUCUUCCUGUGGCCAAGGAGGAGGAAGCGGUCUUUGAUCCAGAUACUGGACCAGGUGACCGACUGAACGUGGCCUAUAGCUCGUCAACUGUAACUAAAGGUCGCGCCCGCGGUAUCGUAUACGCAACUGGUAUGUAUACGGAAAUCGGAUCGAUCGCGCAGAGCUUGAGACAGAAGGACUCGAGACGUCGCCCGGUCAAACGUCGCGACGACGGCACUGCAUCUCCCCUACACCUUGCGCAGGCCUGGACGUUGACGGUGGCCGACUUUAUUGGAAAUUUUCUCGGUCUCAACGUGGGCACACCUCUACAAAGAAAGCUUUCCCGCCUGGCAAUACUUCUGUUCGGUAUUGCUGUUGUCUGCGCAAUCAUCGUUCUGGCCGCCAACGAGUUCUCGAACCGAGCUGAGGUUAUUAUCUACGCAGUCGCGACAGGUCUCAGCAUGAUUCCUGCAUCCUUGAUUGUGGUCUUGACCAUCACCAUGGCGGUAGGAACUAAACACAUGGUCCAGCGAAAUGUCAUUGUGCGGAAUCUCAAAUCACUCGAAGCGCUUGGAGCUGUCACAGACAUUUGCUCGGACAAGACAGGCACCUUGACGCAAGGAAAAAUGGUUGCCAAAAAAGUAUGGAUUCCGAACCGCGGCACCUACUCUGUGGGCAUCUCGAAUAACCCAUUUGACCCGACAGCCUCCAGCCUGGCACAUUCGGUUGAGGUUCCUACUAAAGGCCUCUCCGAGAGCGAGACGCUCACUGAUGACGAAUCUACCUCAGCCAGUAGUUUACUGGAGAACAAUGAGGAUCUUGAGGCGUUCCUUGCGGUUGCAGGGUUGUGCAACAUUGCCAGGGUUCACAAGAACAACGAUGGCGAAUGGACUGCCCUGGGAGACCCUACGGAAAUCGCGCUACAGGUUUUUGCCUCCCGCUUUGACCGUAACCGACACGGCCUCGUCGACGGCGAGGGGGCGAAAUACAAGCAGGUCAGCGAGUACCCCUUCGAUUCAGACGUCAAGAAAAUGUCAGUCAUCUUCGAAGAUCGCCAAACACAGGCGCAAAUGAUCUAUACCAAGGGCGCUGUGGAAAGAGUCCUCGAAUCCUGCGACUCGGUUAUCUGGGAGGAUGGCCAGACUGUGGGUUUCUCUGAUUCCCUAAAGGACAAGACACUCAAGGUCAUGGAGGCGUUGGCUUUCCAAGGUCUUCGUGUUCUUGCCCUUGCCAGCCGCGACUACAAUCCUCGUGACGGCCGACGUGCUUCACGAGAUGGGCCUCCCACACGAGAGGACAUCGAGUGUAAUUUGACUUUCCGCGGCCUUAUCGGCCUGUACGACCCGCCUCGUCCGGAGUCUGCUGACGCGGUCAAGCGGUGCCACCGUGCCGGUAUCAAGGUGCAUAUGCUCACUGGCGACCACCCCGGUACUGCCAGCGCCAUUGCCAAGCAAGUCCACAUUCUGCCAGAUAUGAACAAGGUCUCGGCCACUAUCGCACAGAGCAUGGUGAUGACUGCCAAAGAGUUCGACAAGCUGACUGAUGAAGAGCUGGAUCGGUUGCCAGUGCUGCCGCUUGUCAUUGCUCGCUGUGCGCCAAACACCAAAGUCCGCAUGAUCGAGGCCCUCCGUCGCAGAGAUGCCUUCAUGGCCAUGACCGGUGACGGUGUCAACGACUCCCCUUCCCUCAAGAUUGCUGAUGUCGGCAUUGCCAUGGGCAUGGCUGGCUCAGACGUAGCUAAAGACGCCGCUGAUAUUGUAUUGACCGAUGAUAACUUUGCCUCAAUCCUUAACGCCAUCGAAGAAGGCCGGCGCAUGUUUGACAACAUCCAGAAGUUUAUCUUGCAUCUUCUGGCCGAAAACAUCGCACAAGCCUGUACGCUCCUGAUCGGCCUGGCAUUCAAAGACAGCACAGGCCUGUCGGUCUUCCCUCUGGCACCCGUUCAAAUCAUGUGGAUUAUUAUGAUCACCUCUGGGAUGCCUGAUAUGGGCUUGGGCUUGGAGAUUGCGGCACCUGAUAUCCUUGAGCGACCACCAAUGCCUCUGAAAGUAGGGGUAUUCACUAGGGAAGUUUGCUUUGACAUGCUUGCUUAUGGCCUCUGGAUGUCCGCACUAUGCUUGUCCUCCUUCCUCCUCGUGCUUUAUGGCUUCGGCGAUGGCAACCUGGGGGAAGGCUGCAACACCUCAUACUCUGAGCAAUGCGACACCGUCUUCCGCGCUCGCGCUACCACGUUCGUGUCGCUUACAUGGUUCGCCCUCUUUCUCGCCUGGGAAAUGGUCAAUACGCGCCGCAGCUUCUUCCGUAUGCAACCCAAGAGCAAAAAAUACUUGACCCAGUGGAUGUACGACGUGUGGAGAAAUCCCUUCCUGUUCUGGGCCAUCAUUGCCGGCUUCGUGACGAUUUUUCCAACUCUAUACAUUCCCGUCCUCAACCACGAUGUCUUCAAACACACCGGCAUCUCCUGGGAGUGGGGGAUUGUGUUCGUGGAAGCUACGCUCUUCUUCGCCGGCAUCGAAACCUGGAAGUGGGGCAAGCGCAUUUUCUUCCGCCGCCGCGCCAGGAAGAUGGGCCAGACUAGCGACGACCUCGAGAAGCGGGCGUAUGGCGACUUCUUCGACGCCAGCGAGAGCGAUCGCGACGUGGACGUGCCUACCAAAGACGAGAAGUACCCUUCCCGGGCAUCGUGA